UCAGAAACCCCCCUUGUCUACGUCUUAGGAAAGCGCCUCCCCUUUCCCUAUCGGAGUAAUUCACUAACUUUUCUUUUCUCCCAAGGCUUCGGUGCAAUUUCCCAUUCAGGGGGAACGUAUCCCGUUACAAAAACCGGACUCCCGGCUGGACAGUCACAAGGAGCUGCAGCAGUUCUAAAGCCCAGUACUCACCCUGGAGUGUAGCUGGACUGGAACUCGGGGCCAUCCAGGCGAUCAGCGAGAGCGAGCUUUAGCACGAGGACGAGUGGAGCGGCGCAGCACGGGCCAAUGGGGGCUUGGACGCUGGUCAGGGUGGUGCUGGGAUUGGCUGCCGUGUGCGGGGCAGCGUUCCGGGCGGUGCAGGGUCAGGCGGACGGAGGCCUGCAGGCUAGCCGCUUCAGCUCCCAGCCGGAGGGGGAGGUGCAGCAGAGGGUGCGCCGGAGAGGACAAGAUUCCUUGAGGGGGCCCAACGUGUGCGGUUCCCGGUUUCACUCUUACUGCUGUCCAGGAUGGAAAACUCUGCCCGCGGGGAACCAGUGCAUCGUCCCCAUCUGCAGGAACUCGUGCGGCGACGGGUUCUGUUCCAGGCCCAACAUGUGUACCUGUUCCAGCGGACACCUCGCUCCCAGCUGUGGAGCCGCAGCCUCGGCAGUCCAGUCCUGCAGCAUCCGCUGUAUGAAUGGAGGCAUCUGUAAUGAGGAUUCCUGUACAUGUCAGAAGGGAUACACAGGUGGUCACUGUGGACAGCCUGUGUGUGAGAGUGGCUGUCAGAACGGUGGUCGCUGCAUCGGGCCCAACAGAUGUGCGUGCGUGUACGGAUUCACCGGCCCCCAGUGUGAGCGAGACUACCGGACUGGGCCUUGCUUUACUCAAGUCAGCAACCAGAUGUGCCAGGGCCAGCUAAGUGGCAUCGUGUGCACCAAGACGCUGUGCUGUGCCACUAUUGGCCGCGCCUGGGGCCACCCGUGCGAGAUGUGCCCCGCCCAGCCCCACCCCUGUCGCCGCGGCUUCAUCCCCAACAUCCGCAGCGGCGCCUGCCAAGAUGUGGAUGAGUGCCAGGCCAUUCCAGGGCUCUGUGCAGGGGGGAACUGCAUCAACACUGUGGGUUCGUACGAGUGCAAGUGUCCCGCCGGCCAUCGGCAGAGCGAGACCAACCAGAAGUGUGAAGACAUCGACGAGUGCGCCACCAUCUCUGGAGUGUGUGAUGGGGGAGAAUGCACCAACACGGCAGGCAGCUACGUCUGCACAUGCCCCCGGGGCUAUGUGACCAGCGCGGAUGGCUCCAGAUGUGUAGAUCAGCGGCUGGGCGCGUGCUUCUCCUCUCUGGCUAAUGGCCACUGUGCGUCGGAGCUGACGGGGCGGUACACCAAGGUGCAGUGCUGCUGUGACACGGGUCGCUGCUGGGCACUGGGCCACAUCCCAGAGAUGUGUCCUGUACGGGGAUCCGAUGCUUAUCGGAGGCUGUGCAUCGAGGGCCUCCCCUUUGGAACCGGCAACGGAGGUGGAGGUUUCAACGGCGGCGGGCACGGAGGCGUCAGGUUUCCCGGGCAGAACGGCAACGGCAACAACAUCUACAUCAACGGCAUCGGCGGGGGUACGAUCACCGGCGGCAAUGGCGGCUCGGGACCAGGGAUCGGUCAGCUGUCGCUGAAUGAAAGCUCCACCAUCGACGUGUGUAAGCACUUCACCAACCUGUGCCUGAACGGUCGCUGCAUCCCCACCCCCACCAGCUACCGCUGCGAGUGCAAUAUGGGAUACCGGCAGGACGUCCGUGGCGAGUGCAUCGAUGUGGACGAGUGCAUUAGUAACCCCUGCGUGAACGGAGACUGCGUCAACACGCAGGGCUCGUACCACUGCAAGUGCCAUGAGGGGUACCAGGGCACUCCCACCAAGCAGGCCUGCAUUGAUAUCGACGAGUGCAUCGUGAACGGGGUCAUGUGUCGGAAUGGCCGCUGCGUGAACACGGAUGGGAGCUUCCAGUGCAUCUGCAACGCGGGCUUCGAGAUCAGCCCCGACGGGAAGAACUGCAUAGAUCACGACGAGUGCGCGACCACCAACGUGUGCCUGAACGGCAUGUGCAUCAAUGAAGACGGCAGCUUCAAGUGCAUCUGCAAGCACGGCUUUGCACUGGCCCCCAACGGCCGCUACUGCACCGACAUCGACGAGUGCCAGACGCCGGGAAUCUGCAUGAACGGCCGGUGCCUGAACUCGGAGGGCUCCUUCCGCUGCGAGUGCCCGCCCGGCCUGGCCAUCGACGUGGACGGCCGUGUCUGCGUGGACACGCACAUGCGGGCUACCUGCUAUGGCGCCAUCAAGAUGGGCACCUGCUCGCGCCCCUUCCCCGGGGCCGUGACCAAGUCCGAGUGCUGCUGUGCCAACCCUGAGCACGGGUUCGGGCAGCCAUGCCAACCAUGUCCUGCCCGCAACUCGGCGGAGUUCCAGGCUCUCUGUAGUAGUGGGCUUGGCAUCACAGCUGAUGGAAGGGACAUUAACGAGUGCGCUCUGGACCCGGACAUCUGCCAGAACGGCAUCUGUGAGAACCUCCGCGGCAGCUACCGCUGCAUCUGUAACAUUGGCUACGAGUCCGACUCCAGCGGCAAGAACUGCGUGGACAUCAACGAGUGUAUGGUGAACCGUCUGCUGUGUGACAACGGCCUGUGCAGGAAUACACCCGGCAGCUACACCUGCUCCUGCCCCAAAGGCUUCGUGUUCAAGCCUGACUCUGAGACAUGCGAAGACAUUAACGAGUGCGAGUCCAGCCCCUGCGUGAACGGCAUAUGCCGUAACCUGGCCGGCUCCUUCACCUGCGAGUGCUCUCACGGCAGUAAGCUGGACUCCACCAACACCAUCUGCGUGGACAGUAUGAAAGGUACCUGCUGGUUGAAUAUCCAAGAUGGCCGGUGUGAGAUGAACAUCAAUGGGGCCACGCUGAAGUCGGAGUGCUGCGCCACUCUGGGUGCUGCCUGGGGAAGCCCGUGUGAACGCUGUGAACUGGACGCAGCCUGUCCACGUGGUCUUGCUCGAAUGAAGGGGCUUAUAUGUGAAGACAUCAACGAGUGUGAGGUGUUCCCCGGCGUGUGCAUCAACGGCCGCUGCGUGAACACGCACGGCUCGUUCCGCUGCGAGUGCUCUGAAGGUCUCACGCUGGACGAAGGGGGCCGCACCUGUGUAGACGUGCGCAGCGAGCAGUGCUACAUGAAGUGGGACGAGGACGAGUGCGGUGAGCCGUUACCAGGUCGGUACCGGGUGGACAUGUGCUGCUGCUCAGUGGGCGCGGCAUGGGGCGUGGACUGCGAGGCCUGCCCCUCACCCGCAUCGCCCGAAUACAAGAGCAUCUGCCCGCGCGGCCCUGGCUUUGCCAACAAGGGGGACAUCCUCACCGGGAGACCCUUCUAUAAAGAUGUGAAUGAGUGUAAGGUAUUUAAGGGCCUCUGUACCCAUGGAACGUGCCGGAACACCAUCGGCAGCUUCAAGUGCCGCUGUAACAGCGGUUUUGCCCUGACCAUGGAGGAGAGGAAUUGCACAGACAUAGACGAGUGUGCCAUCUCUCCAGACCUGUGUGGUCAGGGUACUUGUGUGAACACGCCGGGAAGCUUUGAGUGCGAGUGCUUUGAUGGCUAUGAGAGUGGCUUUAUGAUGAUGAAGAACUGCAUGGACGUUGACGAAUGCGAGAGGGAUCCCCUCCUGUGCCGCGGGGGCACGUGCCUCAACACGGAGGGCAGUUAUGAGUGCGAUUGUCCCCGGGGUCACCAGCUAAGCCCCGAGGGUUCUUCCUGUGAAGACGUGAACGAGUGUGAGCUGAGCGACACCCUCUGCAGGAACGGCCAGUGUGUCAACACGCUGGGCUCCUACCAGUGCUCAUGCGACACGGGCUACCAGGUCACCCCGGACAGGCAGGGCUGCGUGGACAUCGAUGAGUGCACGAUCAUGAACGGAGGCUGUGACACACACUGCACCAACUCCGAGGGCAGCUAUGAAUGCAGCUGCAGUGAGGGAUACGCUCUGAUGCCUGACCUCAGGACCUGCGCGGACAUUGAUGAAUGUGAAGACACCCCUGAUAUCUGUGACGGUGGUCAGUGCAGUAAUAUUCCCGGGGAGUACCGAUGCCUGUGCUACGAUGGCUUCAUGGCCUCCAUGGAUAUGCGCACCUGCAUGGAUGUCAACGAGUGCGACCUGAACCCCAACAUCUGUCUGCACGGGGACUGUGAAAACACCAAGGGCUCCUUCGUCUGUCAUUGCCAGCUGGGUUACUUCGUCAAGAAGGGCUCCACAGGCUGUACAGAUGUGGACGAGUGCGAGGUCGGCGCUCAUAACUGCGACGUGCAUGCCUCCUGCGUCAACGUUCCCGGGAGCUUCAAAUGCCGCUGUAGUGACGGAUGGGGCGGGGAUGGGAUCGGAUGCACGGAUUUGGACGAGUGCUCCAUGGAGGAGCACAGCUGCAACACCAACGCCAACUGCAUGAACACUCCCGGCUCCUACCGCUGCGCCUGCAGGGAGGGCUUCAAAGGGGACGGCUUCUCCUGCUCUGACGUGGACGAGUGUGCCGAGAACGUGAACCUGUGCGAGAACGGGCAGUGUCUGAACGCCCCCGGAGCCUACCGCUGUGAGUGUGAGAUGGGCUUCACACCUACUGAAGACAGCAGAGCCUGCCAAGACAUCGACGAGUGCAACUUUCAGAACAUCUGUGUCUUCGGAACGUGCCAGAAUCUCCCUGGAAUGUUCCGCUGUGUGUGUGACGAUGGCUAUGAGCUAGAUCGCAGUGGAGGCAACUGCACAGACAUCAACGAAUGCGCCGACCCGGUGAACUGCAUCAACGGCCUGUGUGUGAACAUGCCGGGCAGCUACAUGUGCAACUGCCCUGCGGACUUCGAGCUGAACCCAACAGGAGUGGGCUGUGUGGACACCCGAGUGGGGAACUGUUUCCUGGACAUCCUGGACCGCGGUGACGGGGGCAUCUCCUGCAGCGCUGAGGUUGGCGUGGGCGUGACCCGAGCGUCCUGCUGCUGCUCCCAGGGCACAGCCUGGGGGAACCCUUGUGAACUUUGCCCCCUCGUCAACACCACGGAGUAUAAAACUCUGUGUCCUGGCGGAGAAGGUUUCAGGCCUAACCCCAUUACAGUCAUCCUGGAGGACAUAGAUGAAUGUCAGGAGCUGCCUGGCCUGUGCCAAGGGGGCAACUGUGUCAAUACGUUUGGCAGCUUCCAGUGCGAAUGCCCGGCUGGCUACUACCUCAACGAGGAGACUCGCAUCUGCGAAGAUAUCGAUGAGUGCACCACUCACAUCGGCAUCUGCGGCCCGGGAACCUGCUACAACACGCUGGGCAACUACACAUGCGUCUGCCCCCCGGAGUACAUGCAGGUCAACGGGGGCAACAACUGCAUGGACAUGAGGAAGAGCGUGUGCUACCGGAACUUCAACGACACGUGCGAGAAUGAGCUCUCCUUCAACAUGACCAAGAAGAUGUGCUGCUGUGCCUACAACGUGGGCAAGGCCUGGAACAAGCCCUGCGAGGCCUGCCCCACCCCCGCUACCUCUGAGUACCAGCUGCUGUGUGGAAACCAGGCCCCAGGGUUCAUCAUUGACAUCCACACAGGCAAGCCCAUCGAUAUCGACGAGUGUCGGGAGAUACCAGGGAUCUGUGCCAACGGAGUGUGUAUCAAUCAGAUUGGAAGCUUCCGGUGUGAAUGCCCAAUGGGCUUCAGUUACAACAACAUUCUGCUGAUUUGUGAAGACAUCGACGAGUGUAACAGCGGGGACAACCUUUGUCAGCGUAAUGCCAACUGCAUCAACAUUCCCGGCAGCUUCCGGUGCGAGUGCUCCCCCGGCUUCAAGCUCUCCCCGAGCGGUGCCUGCGUGGACCGCAACGAGUGUCGGGAAAUCCUCAAUGUGUGUAGCCAUGGUGAUUGUAUCGACAUACAGGGCAGCUACCGUUGUCAUUGCCACAACGGCUUCAAGGCGACAGCCAGCCAGACCAUGUGCAUGGACAUUGAUGAGUGUGAGAGGCAGCCGUGUGGUAAUGGCACGUGUAAGAACACAGUGGGCUCCUACAACUGCCUCUGCUUCCCUGGUUUCGAGCUCACGCACAACAACGACUGUAUGGAUGUGGACGAGUGUGUAACCCUGGCGGGCCAGCUGUGUAGACACGGCCAGUGCGUCAACAGCGUGGGCUCCUUCCAGUGCCUGUGUCUGGAGGGCUACGAGCUCACCCCCGACGGCAAGCACUGCGUGGACGUCAACGAGUGCGUGACGUUUCCGGGCACCUGCUUCCCGGGCACUUGUCAGAACCUGGACGGCUCGUUCCGCUGCAUCUGCCCUCCGGGCUACGCUCUGGAGAACGACCAGUGCAUUGACAUUAAUGAGUGUGAGGUCGAGCCCAACAUCUGCCAGUUUGGCACUUGCAUUAACACACCAGGGAGCUUCCAGUGUGUCUGCCAGCCGGGCUUCGUUCUAUCUGAUAACGGGCGCCGCUGUUUCGAUACACGCGAGAAUUUCUGCUUCACCCGCUUUGAGGCCGGCAAGUGCUCGGUGCCCAAAGCUCUGAACACCACCAAAGCCAAGUGCUGCUGCAGCAAGAUGCCUGGGGAAGGCUGGGGUGACCCCUGCGAACUCUGCCCCCGAGAGUCUGAGGCUGCGUUUGAUAUACUGUGCCCAUAUGGUCAUGGCACACUGCCAAGCCCAGGAGACGGGAGGGAGGAUAUGAACGAGUGUCUGGACAACCCUGGGAUCUGCGUAAACGGCGUGUGCAUCAACACGGACGGCUCGUUCCGCUGCGAGUGCCCCUUCGGCUACAGUCUGGACUACACCGGCGUCAACUGUGUGGACACGGACGAGUGUUCGAUCGGGAACCCCUGCGGUAACGGCACCUGCACCAACGUGGUGGGAGGAUUUGAGUGCUCCUGUCAGGAGGGGUUGGAACCUGGCCCCAUGAUGAGCUGUGAAGACAUCAACGAGUGUGCUCUGAACCCUCUGCUGUGUGCGUUCCGCUGUGUGAACACCUUCGGCUCGUACGAGUGCACGUGUCCCGCCGGCUACGUGCUGCGUGAGGAUCAGAGGAUGUGUCGAGACCAGGACGAGUGUUCAGACGGGCUCGAUGACUGUGAAAGCAGGGCCAUGAUCUGCAAGAAUCUCAUCGGUACCUUCAUGUGUAUCUGUCCUCCGGGCAUGACCCGCCGCCCUGAUGGGGAGGGCUGUAUGGACCUGAACGAGUGUCGCACCAAGCCUGGCAUCUGUAAGAACGGCCGCUGCGUGAACACGGUGGGCAGCUACCGCUGUGAGUGCAGCGAGGGCUUCGAGCCCAGCGUCACAGGCACCGAGUGUAUCGAUAACCGCCGGGGCUUCUGCUUCACGGAGGUACUGCAGAUCAUGUGCCAGCAGACAUCCACCAACCGUAACAGCGUGACCAAGUCCGAAUGCUGUUGUAAUGGCGGGAGGGGCUGGGGCCCGCAGUGCGAGCUCUGCCCCCUGCCCGGCACCGUCCUCUACAAGAAGAUGUGCCCGCAUGGGCCGGGCUUCACCACCGACGGCAGGGAUAUUAAGGAGUGUCACGUGUUGCCCAACCUGUGUAAGAAUGGUCAGUGCAUCAACACUGUGGGCUCUUUCCACUGCCGCUGUAACGUGGGCUACACCACCGACUUCAGCGGCACCUCCUGUGUGGAUUUGGACGAAUGCGCCCAGUCUCCCAAACCAUGUAACUUCCUGUGUAAGAACACGGAAGGUAGCUACCUGUGCUCCUGCCCCCGGGGGUACAUCCUGCAACCCGACGGAAAGACCUGCAAAGACCUGGAUGAGUGCUCCACUAAACAGCACAACUGCCAGUUCCUGUGUGUGAACACCAUCGGCGGUUUCACCUGCAAGUGCCCACCUGGAUUCACCCAGCAUCAGUCGGCGUGCAUCGAUAACAACGAGUGCAGCUCCCAGCCGAGCAUGUGCGGCUCCCGCGCAUCCUGCCUCAACAGCCCUGGAAGCUUCAGUUGUGAGUGUCAGAAGGGAUUCUCCCUGGACAGCACGGGACUGGAGUGCGAAGAUGUUGACGAGUGCGGCGGGAACCACAGAUGCCAACAUGGCUGCCAGAACAUGCUGGGAGGUUUCCGCUGUGGCUGCCCACAGGGUUACGUACAGCACUACCAGUGGAACCAGUGUGUGGACGAGAAUGAGUGUGCGGGCAACCAGCUGUGCGGCUCCGCGUCCUGCUACAACACCCUGGGCAGCUACAAGUGCAUGUGCCCGUCCGGCUUUGACUUCCAGCAGACGGCGGGCGGCUGCCAGGACGUGAACGAAUGUGCCGCGGGCGGCAACCCGUGCUCGUAUGGCUGUUCCAACACUGAAGGGGGCUACCUGUGCGCCUGCCCGGGAGGCUUUUACAGGGCAGGCCAGGGGCACUGCGUAACGGGAGUGGGAUUUUCUGGCCAGUUCGGCUCAGAGGGCGAGGACGAGAGCGCCCUCUCGCCUGAAGCCUGCUACGAGUGCAAGAUCAACGGCGACGCAGGCAAGAUCGGCCGUCAACGCCGCGGGGCGCCGGAGAACCAGCUCCAGGAGUCGGCGAGCCUGGCCAGCGUGGACACCCAGAGCUCCAUCCCCAUGAACGUGUCUCUGGCGUCGCUGCAGAACAAGGAGUCGCUGAUGGAGUUCCUGCCGGCGCUGGAGCCGCUGGAGCACCACGUGCGCUACGUCAUCACGCACGGCAACCAGGGCGAACACUUCCGCCUGCUGGAGCGCAGGGACGGUAAGAGCGUGCUGCGUCUGGGCCGCCGGCCGCCGGCGCCGGGCUCCUACCGCCUGGAGAUUGCCUCGCUGCCCCUGUUCGGCCCACGGCGACUGCGCCAGCUGGAGGACCGGCACGAUGACGACUACCUGCUCGGGGAGAUUGGGGACCCACUGCGCAUCAAGCUGCACAUCCACCUGCACUGAGCGCUGUACACCCCCUCCCCCACCCCGAGACUGCCUAACCUUUGACCCCAGGCCUCUGACCCCUGUCCCAAUGCUAUAGAGCUUUGUGCCGAGGAAACUGUCGUAACACCCACACACACACACGCAAACACAGAUUUCUCUUUCCUCAGUCUUUCCAGGUGUAGUCUUUUUCUUUCCUCCAGCUUUAGGCCAAAGCAUUGUGGGACAGCUAGGAGGCUCCUGUCCACCUUCCUAAUAACACAGGCAUGGAAAGGGCGCACAUAAGCAACUCCAGGCGGAGUGACAAUCACGAACCGUUAUUGAAACUAGCCAUUAAGGUUAAUGAACGCAGUCAUGCCAUUAGCAAAAGCUCUAAACGGUCAGAAUUACCCAAGGACUGAAUGUGAUGUGUAAAUCUUCAGCGCUUCUUCUCUGUAAUUUAUCCAAUAUUUCACGUAGAAUCUAAUGUAGUGACUAUAUCAGCCUGAAAUUUCACAUAAAGCUAAUUAUGUCUCAUAUAAUAUUAAAAACUAUAUCAAUUGCAGCAUAUAUUUUCAAAGAUGGCCCAAACAACCACUGAUCUUUCUGUAUUCUCAGUGUACGCUGGGGUCAGACGGUGUUUCAUUCAGUAUCGAGUCACCUCCAGUGCAUCGUACUGCUUGAAAAGAAAAGUCACACAAAGGACUGUAAGAACAACCACAACAUUUCAGGUCAACUGGGAGUUGACUGGGCCUCAGGUCAGGCGGGCCCUAGAGGGCCUCGGGCCCAGCCCUGGGGAGGCCAAGCACUGCACAGGGUUCGGGUUCCGUUCUUCAAAAACGCCUCUGAUCUCUACUCCCUGGGUGCCUAUCACGGCUUUUCAACAGCCAAUCCGAUCGUGCGGCGCGCGCACUCCCCAGGGUUGGUCCUGAAAAUGUUCCACCUUCAUCAUACACUGUCCCAAGACCUCGUAGCCAUGCUCCGAGUAACCCCCCUCCCACCCGCACAUGCGCGCCCACACACUCGAGGCUGUUAAGAGAAGCUUGGCGCGACGUAAACGCAGGGUCCCCGGACCUGCCGUUGGCAUCCGAUUAGGGAGACGGACGAUCCAGACGGGCGUGCGCGGUGUGCGCUCGGACGUUUUAAGCUCACUGCUUUUACCGCCUGCAGCCUCCAAACAGCCAGCAGUGACCCACGGCAACCUGGGUUCCAACACACGUCCCAGAUGCUGUCCGACCCGAGCGAGGGUUCAGCCUCGCUGACAGUAGGCCCUGAUAGGUCAACUCCCAAAUUAGUUUUUCUCUUUUUUCUUGAGGAAAAAAAGGUGCUAUAUAACUCCAACACUUUCGCUGUACUAGAGAAACUCAGUCUUUAUCCACAGAUUGCAAUUGUGAUUUUUUUUUUCUUUCAACCUUCAGUUUUGUUCUGUGUUUGUUUGUCUUUUGUACUGUCUCAGUGCUGAAAACCAAUAUUAUCAAACUUGCUUUUUGAAAAUUAAAUUGUAUAUUUUAAAGUGAAAUGUAGAUUUUUUUUUUUUUUGUGUUUUGUCAAUGUUGUUUCAAGAGCGUCAAGGCUGUCGAACCAAAUACAUGCAAAAAUAGACUCAAAAGUGCUGUUGACUUUCCUCUGAAAAGAGUCACCGUUGACUGGAGUGAUCUCUCACUGUUUACAUGACACUAUCCUCUGUCACUCACUGCAGUAAUACUGCUGCUCUAUUAGCAAGAAGUGGGUUGUGUUAUCAGGGAGCUACACUUUCAGAGCCAAUCUGGACAGGAGCACCCGACAGGAGCAUCCCUCAGAAUUCUGGUGCAAACCGACCAUCUCGGCCACAUCUCAAUGUCGGUUCGUUCAUCUCUGGUGCUAAAACAACGCGAUCGUGGUUUUUGUUAUGAACAUCAAAGUUACUGCACUGUAAAAACAGCCUGAGCUAUAUUUAUGCAUAACCAUUUGUCUAACAUGGGAACUUUGUAUACAUUUGUAUCUUUUUUAAAAAUGUUUUUAAUCGUAAUUUUAUUUGCCACUACAUGUAAAAGAGCGAAUGUGUGUGUAUGUGUGUGUGUGCGUGUGUGUGUGUGUGUGUGUGUAUACUGUAUUUAGGCAUCGUCUGCGAACUUGAAAUAUCUCUGGCCUCACAUUUGUAACGCUGAACGGGGGUGAAGCCCCUCUGAACUGAAGACCUAUCAGUCCCAAAAUGGCCCCCCACUUUCUCACAGGGGCUCCACAGUUCUUUUAUGAGCCAUAAAUGAUCGAGGAAACGGCAUAUCUGAGUGUCCAGCAGACAAUAACCUGGAAAAAUAAAUAGAUUCUCAGAACAUGUUCAGUUUUUGAUUGAACGGCUACAUCUGUCAUGCAACAUUUUUUUGUUUGUUUUUUUGUAUACUUCUGUACGAAACAUCAAAUGGCAAUAAAACCUGAUGGGUUACGUUUUUAAA